AUUCUGAAAGUAGAGUUUGUGUGAAGAGAGAUACUAUAAAAGAUAUAGUAAGGUAAAGAGUAGUAAAGAAAAAAACAGAUUUAAAAACUAAGGAGAAGAAAUGGCAGAUAUAAAGGGUUCAACAACUACAGGCUGCAAUGACGCAUGUGGUUGCCCAUAUCCUUGCCCUGGUGAUGUUACAUGCAGGUGUACGACGACAUCCGGAGGCGAGAUGGAACACAAGAAAUGCUCAUGCGGGGAGCACUGCGGGUGCAACCCGUGCACGUGUAGCAAGGCCGAGAUCAAGGGUACAGGCAAGGCCUUUUGCAAGUGCGGCAGUGGCUGCAGUUGCACUAAAUGUGCUGCUUGAGCCAUGAGGAGGAUGAAACACUCUUGUGCUACCAUUUUGGAGAUUGAAGAGAACAUCUUUUAGUUAUGAAAUGUCACUAGCAACAACAGUACUCUUGUAUAGUUUAAAUUAGCCUACUUGUUUCUCAGGUGUCGCAGUAAUAAUAAUCAGAGUCAGAGAUUCAGUUUUGCACUUCUUACAGGUUGGUUACAUUCCUGGCUGGUGUAGUAAGUCGUGUAGUCAAAGUCAGUAGAUAUUCUGAUGAGAUCUGUUACUUUGGAAUGAAUAAUUGAUCCCAAAAUGUUGUGUA